UACACAUUUACCGUUUUCCGUAUGCGCUGCGUAUAGAUUACGUUUGGGAUCCGACUGUACGAUGAGCUGAGCUGAGCCGGCUUUAGCCCUUUUUAGCAGACCGAUGAAGGUGCAGUUACCAAACAAAGAGGACACAAAGGAUAUGCUGAUACGUUCUGAAAGGGUUCGACCCUUCAAUGAACUGAGACUUUUGGACCAUGGAUGGAACAGAAUCACCCGGGCCUCUGCCUGCCAGAGGAGAAGCAGAAGGUGCUCAAAGUACAGAUGAAUCAACACAGAAGACUAGUAUGCAAAAACAAUUAUGGGAUGAGGAAGAGACUGAAGGAGAUCAGAAAGGAGAUGGAGAAGGGAGACUUGAAUGUGAUCCUCUUGCAGAAGCAGCAAUGAAUAUUCUAAGAACUCAGAAGCAACAGAAAGACCCUGAUGAAGAAGAAGAUGACGCCUUUCUGGAUUAUGGAGAUAGUGAUAGUAUAGGUAGUGGAAAACAUGUUGAACAUAUAGAUUGUGCUGUUGGAUGUGAGCAAAAGCUUGCUGAUGUCUCAAAACAAUUAGAUGACCUUCACAUAGACAUUCCUGAACCCAUGGUAAAGCUCAAACGCAGAUCAUCUUCUAUUGCAGAACUUUCAGAUGUGGAAGCGACGGGAUCUGUGGAACGCUUUUCACCUCGAGAGGACCCUGUGGGGUCAGCGAUGGGCUCCUUGCCCCUUCAUGGUACGCUGUCCAGGGAAGGGGAAAUGGUAUCGUAUGUUGCUGAUGAUCUCCUAGAGAAAAUCCGUCAGAGUGUGGGUUCCUCCCGGUCCACCUCAGGGGCAACAUCUCCUGCUUACCCCACCACCAGUCAGAUGAUGCCAUGGGCAACAACCCCACCAUCCAUGACCUCUUCGUCCUCGUCAGCAACAGAGCUUGGAGUCGCCGUAGGUCCAUCUGCAAUGAUUCCUCCGAUAGACCCUGAGGCUAUACAAGACCUAGAGAAGCAAUGUCACAUGGUCGCUGAUAAUCUCAACCUCAUGCUGGGACACCUCUCAAAUAGCUUGCAUAAUAUGUCAGCCAUAACAGUAGGUCACAUACAGACAUACAGAGAUGCAGUAGAAAAAGCAGGAAUUACAGUGGAUCACAGUGUGAAGGCGAUGUAUGCUCUUAUGGCCAAAGUGGAAGAACUGAAUUUUUCCAUGCCAAUGGUUUAUGAUCUUGCCAAGCAAAUUAAAUCAAUCAAUAGUCAACUUGAUGAACUGGAGAGCCUAUGUAAAUGAGCUUCUUGUGCAGCAUAGCCAGGCAUCUCCUGCAAUGAGCUUCUUGUACAGCAUAGCCAGGCAUCUCCUGUAAUGAGCAUCCACAUUAUCCUUGCAUGAAGAUAGUCUUGUGCCACAAAGAUUGCCCAAAUCAGUCUUGAACACUGCCUGCAGAGCUAUCUCUAGAUGUCUUAAACUAAAGAGAGUAGACAUACUAAAUGAUACUUGCUGUAUGGUAUCACCCUACGACAUGCAUGUACCAGCCGAGUGUUUUCAUCACAUGCAGGUGCAGAAAUCCAAAAUAUGAAUUGACCCCUCAUCCUUUCCUCCCGAGUAUGAACCAUGCAGAAAGAGACACAUUUUAGUCCUCCUAAUCACACCAUUGGCCCUUUGAUGGCAUCAUCCAUUAUCAUCAUCAUCGUCGUCGUCGUCAUCAUCAUUACGCGUCUGUUUUUCCCAUGCUGUGGGGUUGGACAUUUCAUUUCCUUUAUGGCUCUUCUCCAAGAAUCCCGGUCUUCAGCAUCCGCCAGGGUGAAGUGAUGAGAUGCUCUCAUAUCUUCGUCUAACGUCUCCUUCCAGGUUUGCGAGGUCUGCCACAGGGUAUUGAGCAGGCAGCCUGGAAUCCGUUGCUUUCUGAAGCCAGCGGCUUUUUUUUCUCUCCAAGCCAUCAUAGCCCAAGGAUGUUCUUGUCAUCUAGUACCACAUGAGCUUUCAUUUGGUCCCAACAAAUCUCUCCCAUCAGGUUCCAGUGACACAUGGCCCAUUUGGCCCAGUGGCUUUUUUUUCUCUCCCAGCCACCAUAUAGGCCAAGGAUGUUCUUGUUAUCUAGUGCCACAUGAGCUUUCUUUCGGUCCCAACAAAUCUCUCCCAUCAGGUACCAGUGACACAUGGCCCAUUUGGUAAUGUGUGCCUCAGAAUAUAUUGACAGUGCAAGAGCUAAUGGGAUUACAUGAGAUUAGACAAAACAUGUGUGUCUUUGGGAAGGGAAGGAAAGUGGGACACUUUUUAGUCAGUCUUCACCUACAUGUACCAGAAUCUUGCAUCCC